AUGGUCACAUUUCCAUUUAUGGUUCUCUUCAUAUUUCAUUACAUCAUACGUUAUUUUGAUGUAAUUCUGGACAUCGGUUCGGGUUCGGGAAAUGUAACCGACGUGUUGGCCGAUAGUGUAAAACACCGACAAAUUAUUGGUUUAGAUAUCGACCCAAAAAUGAUUGACUUUUCGAUACAAAACAAUACAAAACCGUCAAUUGAUUAUCAAUUGGAAGACAUAAGCAAACCGUGGGAUGAGUUGAGCGCCGAUAUCCGAGCGCUGGAGGGAAAGGUGUCUCUCGUGUUCUCGAACUCCACUUUAAUGAUGAUUCAAAACAAGUCCACAUUUGUUCACAAUUUGCGCCGACUUAUGGCCGACAAUAGCUAUGCUUUUACAUCGUUUGUAUUGAUUCACAACUUUACAACUAAACUUUCACCGGAAGAGAGGUCUGAAUGCGAGAAAUGGAUAAAAAUACCCGAUUAUGACAAACAGGUAUCCAUUUGGACGGAUGUGUUCACUACACAAGGAUUCACUAUAGAGUUGACCGAAAUUAAGGAUAAUUACAUUAUAAAUGACACUUCACUUGUUAAGCUGGUGGAACUCCCGGAGCGAAGAACUCGACCCUACGAUCAUUUCGCGGGCGUUGAACGGAGAGGAAAAGCGGUUAUAAUAUACGGUAAAAACGGCUUUUUCUGUUCGGGAAUUGAUCUAAAUUUUGCCCGAAACGAGUGCUCGAGUCGGGAAACUGGCGUCCGAUUGAGUCGACUGAUGGUCGCAAACACGACUCGACUACAGUCUCUACCGAUGGUAACGGUUGCGGCGGUGGAGGGCCAGGCGUUGGCCGGCGGAUCCGAGAUUACCACCGCCUGUGACUGGCGUGUAAUGAGCCGUUCGGCCCAAAUCGGAUUCAUACACAUACACGUGGGUGUGAGCACCGGGUGGGGCGGCGGCACACGACUCACCCAUUUGUUGGGUCCCAUUAAAGCUCUCGAUCUAUUACUGUCUGGUCGUAAGCUUAACGCCGAAGAAGCUCUGGCCAUAGGUUUGGCCAAUCGUUUGUUUGACGAUAUGGUAAAUACCGAUAUGUUUAUCGAUGCUAUCGCACAAUGGCUUAACACAUGUAUUACUACAUGCGAUAAGAGUUUUAUUAAACUAUGUAAAGAAUCGUGUUAUAGUCGACCCACUUUAUAG